AUGGUGGAGCCACAGCCGACCAACAUUACAGAGGCGUUGGUGCAGAUCCUGAACAAUCAGCAGGCAUUGAUGCGGCAAAUCUCCCAGCAGUUGGCCACUACUCAGCUCACCGUGAACAACCUAUCCCGCGACGAAUCGGUGCUGGACUCCCUCUCUAGCAACAUGGCGGAGUUCGUCUACGACAAAGACAAUGGGCACACAUUUGACGCAUGGUUUUCCCGCUACAUCGACCUUUUCGACAAAGAUGCCGGCAAGCUGGAUGACGCUGCAAAAGUGCGACUACUCCUGCGGAAAUUAAGCCCACCCGAUCAUGAGCGGUACAACAGCUUCAUUCUUCCGAAGCUCGCUCGAGAGUUUACUUUUGCUGCUACGGUGGAAAAAUUAAAAUCGUUGUUCGGUGCCACAGUGUCAACGUUCCGGCGGCGAUACAACUGCUUGCAGACCACCAAGGAGGACAGCGAUGAUUACCUGGCGUACUCCUGCAAGGUAAACAAAACCUGCGUAGACUUGAAAUUAUCGGAGUUGACAGAGGAACAGUUUAAGUGCCUCAUUUACGUGUGUGGCCUUAAAUCCAAGCAAGAGGCGGAGAUUCGGAUGCGCCUCAUCAACAAGCUAAAUGAAUCGGCGGACCUGACCCUACAGCAGAUUGUGGAACAGUGUAACAGCUUGGUCAACCUGAAGCAGGACACAGUGAUGGUUGAAAGUUGUUCUUCAACGGUGAAAGCUGUCGCGUACUCCAAGCGAACAACGUCGAAGCGUCAGUCACCUUCGGAUUGCAGCAACAACCGGGAACAACCCAAGACACCCUGCUGGUCAUGCGGGGGCAUGCACUACAAUAAGGAUUGCCGGUUCAGAGAUCACAGGUGCAACGAAUGUGGAAAGUACGGGCACCGUGAGGGCUAUUGUGCCUGCUUCUCGUCGAAAUCAUCGAACAACGCUGUCAAUCGCUCGGAUAACAAGAAGAAAAGGCGACAGUCGUUGUCGAAGAUAGUAACCGUCCGAAGCAUCGGUCAGCGGCGGAAAUUCGCCGAAAUCCAACUCAACAACGUUCCGCUUUGUCUUCAGUUGGACACAGGUUCCGACAUCUCAAUAAUUUCGCACCGAUCGUGGGCCAGAAUCGGUCGACCAAAAGUAAAACCAGCAAUUUGCAGCGCUAAAACAGCAUCAGGGGAACCGCUUGAACUGGUUGCGGAAUUGGAGUGCAAUAUAACCCUCAACGGCAUCAUACGGGAGGCGUCGUACUGCAAUCAAGUGACUACACAGGCAAAUCAACGUGUAGCGACCCUUCAAGCGCAGUUUCCUGAGGUGUUCUCCAGUGAGAUAGGUCUGUGCAACAAGACUCCCGUCAAACUGGUCCUCAAAGGUAACCCCAAGCCGGUGUUCAGACCAAAACGACCGGUGGCUUACUCCAUGGAGCAUGUUGUGGAGGAGGAGAUUUUUCGCCUGCAAAACCUUGGCAUCCUGAUGAAAGUGGAUUUCAGCGACUGGGCGGCACCGAUUGUCGUGGUUCGGAAGCCAAAUGGAACCGUCCGUAUCUGCGCCGACUUUUCGACUGGUCUAAAUAGCGUUCUGGAACCAAACCAGUAUCCAUUGCCUUUGCCCGAGGAUAUUUUUGCGAAGAUGGCAAACUGUCGGAUUUUCAGUCACAUUGACUUGUCCGACGCGUACCUGCAGGUAGAGGUGGAUCAAGCCAACCAACCGCUACUAACCAUAAACACCCACAAAGCGGAUGGACACAAUGCUGGUCUCAACUGUACUGUUGGCCACCUCGAUGACAUAUUGGUCGGGGGCCGUAAUGAAGAAGAGCAUCAGCACAAUCUGCAGCUAACUCUCGCGCGGCUCAAGGAGUAUGGGUUCACCGUACGCAUCGAAAAGUGUAGCUUCGGCAUGCAGCAGGUCAAGUAUCUGGGACAAAUCCUGGAUGGCAACGGAAUCAGGCCGGAUCCCGAGAAAAUUGCUUCGAUCGUCAGCAUGCCUCCACCACACGAAGUUUCGACGCUUCGCUCCUACUUGGGUGCCGUAAACUAUUACGGCAAAUACGUCAAAGAGAUGCGCACUCUACGACAUCCAAUGGAUCAGCUGCUGAAGGCUGGAGGGAUUCCUACGUAUACGGCCAAUCGACUACAAAGAUGUGCAUUGACGUUGCUCCUCUACGAUUUCGACAUUCGCUACAUUUCAACGGAAAGCUUCGGGCAUGCGGAUGUUUUGUCCCGUUUGAUCAACCGACACAUUCGCCCGGACGAAGAGAUCGUUAUCGCCAAUCUCGAAAUGGAGAACUCGAUCAGAAGCAUUAUCAACGAGUCCCUAGAGGUAUUUCCGCUAUCGUUCAAGAUGAUUCAAGCGGAAACCAGAUCCGAUGACACACUACAGCAAGUUAUUCGAUUCGUCAAUAGUAAGUGGCCGCCUAAAAAGAAAGAUCUCUCCGACCCUCAAGUCGAACAGUUCUAUUUACGACGCGACUCGCUCAACGUCGUAGCCGAUUGCGUGAUGUAUGGAGAACGUUUGGUUAUUCCACCAAUGUUUCGGAAACGGGUGCUCCAACAGCUACAUAAAGGUCACCCAGGUGUGGAACGAAUGCGAUCGAUCGCCCGAAAGUACGUAUAUUGGCCUCAUGUCGACGAAGAUAUCGCCAAGCUCGUCCAAACCUGCAAUGAAUGUUCCAGUGUAGCAAAAACUGACCGGAAGAUAAAUCUCGAAUCAUGGCCAGCCCCAGAAAAACCGUGGCAGCGUAUACAUCUGGACUAUGCUGGUCCUAUAAAUGGAUGGUACUACUUCAUUUUGGUGGAUUCCUUCAGCAAAUGGCCAGAAGUAGUGCGAACCAAGGAGAUCACCACUUCAGCAACCGUGCGAAUCCUUCGUGGAAUCUUCGCCAGGUUUGGAGCUCCAGAAACGCUGUCUAACGGCCUCGCGGAAAGGUUUGUAGACACGUUUAAAAGGUCGCUCAAGAAAAUCACCGCAGGGAGGGAAACGUUGCGUGAAGCCAUCGACACUUUUCUCCAAUGCUAUCGAUCUACACCAUGUCGCACCGCACCUGAUGGAAAAUCUCCUGCUGAACUCUUGGUUGGUAGACCAGUUCGAACAUCGCUGGACCUGCUACGUCCACCAACACAGUUCCAUAAGAUCAAGAAUUCGAAGCAAGAAGAACAAUUCAACCAAAAGCAUGGCACGAAAGCGAGAAUCUACAUUCCUCAGGAUCUCGUCUGGACCAAGGUGUUCCGGAAUAACAAGUGGAGCUGGGAUGCAGGAACAGUAGUGGAACGCCUAGGGAAAAUGAGAACUCGCUAUCAAUCCGAUGAGCAACAACUAAAAACACAAACACCAGCAGAAUCCCAACUUCCUCUGAGCGUCCUGUUGGACAGUUGCGGUCUAUCUACGACAUCGUCUCCGGAAGCAGAAAACCUUCCGGAUUCGCCAGCACAACCUCAGCGGCCAACUCAACGUAGCAACCAACGCCGUCCCUUAAGCAAUCAACAGCAACAACCGAUUCCUACACGCCAGUCUACGAGGCUUCGUAGGCCGCCCGUGAGGUAUGAACCUUACUAA